AUGGAAGAAGUUUUAAAAGGAUUACCUAAUUGUCUUAAUUUCUUCGAUGAUAUACUAUUAUUUGCAAAAGAUUUUAAUGAAUUACAACAAAUUUUAGAUUUGACUUUGGCCCGAAUUAGACAGUGUGGUCUUAAAUUAAACAAAUCGAAGUGUGUUUUUGCAGCAACGUCAGUGGAAUUUUUAGGGCAUUUAAUUGAUGCCAAGGGUAUACAUAAGUCAAAUAAGCAUAUUGAAUCUGUAUUGAACGCACCGAAACCAAACUCCUUAGAAGACUUGCAGCUAUUUCUAGGUAAAGCCUCAUACUAUAGUGCCUUUAUUCCGGAUCUAGCAACCCGUGAGAGGCCAUUACGAGAUAUUCUAAAAUCAAAGGUAUUUUCAUGGAAUUUAAUCGCGGAUGCUGCUUACAACGAUAUUAAGAAAAUUUUAGUAUCUCCACAAGUUUUAAUAUCAUAUGAUCCAAAACUACCAUUAUUGUUGGCAACGGAUGCUAGUAAAACUGGCUUGGGCGCGGUAUUGUCUCACCGUUUACCUAAUGGCGAAGAACGACCUAUAGCAUACGCAAGUAGAACAAUGAGUGUGACAGAACAACGUUACUCUCAAAUAGAUAAAGAGGCUUUGGCCAUAGUAUGGGCCGUUCAAAAAUUCUUUAAAUAUUUAUAUGCACGGCAUUGGACAUUAAUAACCGAUCACAAGCCACUUACUCAGAUUUUGCACCCUAGUAAAUCGCUUCCAGUUCUUUGUAUUUCUCGUAUGGCAAACUAUGCCGAUUUUUUAAGUAACUUUGACUUCGAGAUAAUAUAUAAACCAUCCAAAGAGAAUAUUAAUGCAGAUUACAUGUCACGUAUUGUUCCAGAUAAUUCAGUAAAGUCACAAUGCAACGAAAAUUAUGUAAUUACUGAAUACGACGAGUUUGAUACUUUUAUUUUCCGACAAAUUAACCAGUUACCCGUUACAGCUGAAAAAAUUGCCAAUGAAACCCGUAAAGAUUCAGUACUUGGAAAAAUAGUUGCAAUAUUAGAGAAAGGACAUUCGUUGGCAAAAUAUGGUUAUACUGCACCAGAAUCGAAUUAUAGACUCUCAGGUAAUUGCUUAAUAUUCGAACACAGAGUUGUAAUUCCACAAAAGUUUCGAAAAGACAUUCUUCAAAAUCUACACGCAGCUCAUUUAGGGAUGGUAAAAAUGAAAGGUAUUGCUCGUUCCUUUGUGUAUUGGCCAAAAAUCGAUGCAGAUAUUGAAGCAGUGGCAAAAGACUGCAACGAUUGUGCAAGAGUAGCAAAUAAACCUAAGAAGUAUACAGAUCAUCACUGGGAAUAUCCCAAAGGUCCUUGGGAACGAGUGCAUAUAGAUUAUGCUGGCCCUUUCGAGGGUAUGAUGUUACUAAUUAUUACAGAUGCCUAUAGCAAAUGGCUGGAUGUGAAAAUAACUAAAUCUAUAACAGCUGAGGCAACAAUUGCAUUAGUCGAUGAAGUUUUUGCAAAUUACGGUGUUCCAGCGAUGGUAGUAUCCGAUAAUGGUACAAAUUUCUCAUCAGAAGAGUUUAACAAAUACUUGACGGCUGUGGGAGUCAGAUAUCAUAAAUACACUGCACCUUAUCAUCCCUCUACUAACGGCCAAGCUGAACGUAGCGUUCAAACAGUAAAAAACGCAUUAAAAGCUAUGUGUACAUCAAAACAAACAUUACAACAAAAUCUCAACGAGUUUUUAAGGCAGUAUAAGAAUGCACCUCAUUCAACAACUGGAGUAUCUCCAGCACAACUUUUUCUAGGCCGUCAAAUUCGCACCCGCUUGAUUUAG